AUAUAGUUAAACAAGUUAAUGAUUCAAUAAUGAAUUUUUAUAUAAAAGUAAAAGCUAGUACCAGUGAUAGUGAAAAACAGGUCAGAGAAAUAUUUAUUAACGGAUUAUCUUCUGAGAAUUAUUUGGAAGCUGAAAAAUUUGAAUCAGGAAUUUUAUUAAAUGAACUGGUAGGAAGACUAUGGGUAUUAGAGUCAGAACGCAAAGCUAAGUAUAUUAAAUUAAAAGCAGAA